AACAGGAACAGCGAAAGCAGCCUCUGCCCUGUCCGAGGCCCUCUGUGGGCCUGUGGCCAAGCUGCUGAGGUGCUUGGGAUGAAACUCAACUCUAGGGGGUGCCCUGUGUACCCCCUAUAAAUCCAGCUAACUAGAGACCAACGGGCUGCCAGCCUUCAAGGCUGCUGAGGCCACUGCCCCCGUGUCCCGGUAAUGGAAACUUCUCAGCCGUGAGAAGCUGUGAGAACCCUGUGAGCUACAGCUCGGGUUCCUGACCCGUGCGCGGCUCUGACCGGCAGCAGAUCACAGGACAAGGCAGGUGGGCAAGCGCACACAGGACAAGCACAGUGCCACAGGAGCCCAGGGCCAUGUUCCAGUAAAUGAGGUCUUCAGCUCGAGUCUCUCGCUCUGACUCCCACCCACGAACUCACCGUCCAGCCAAAGAGACUGAGGGGCCCACGUGGGACUCACAGCCUCCCAGAACUGAGAGGGAUGGUGACAGGAAAUGCCCCCCCUCCAUCCUGAGACCCAGAAGGCAAGAGUACGGGUGUCAUGGGGCUGAGCCACGGAAAACUUCAAGGCACGUGCGGUUCCGAGAGCCCCUGGAGGUGGCUGUCCACUACAUUGCCCGCAAGGACUCCACAGCCUCCAUCAAGGGGCCCCGCCGGCCAGCUUUCCCUGGCGGUCAUCUGCUCCGGCCGGCAUCCUGCAGUGGCUCCCUAUUCCUGUGGCUGACUCUGUGUGUUCUGCUGGGAGUGGUACUGGGCCUGUGCUGUGGCCAGGCCACACAUGUCACGGUAGCCCUGGAGAACCUCUGGACUCGGCUCCUCGUCCUCAUCUCCCGCCUGUGGCGUGUGGUCCGUGCCUGUUGGCACUGCCUCCUGCAGCUCUGACACGUAGCUGAAUGGAUCUGCCAGGGAUCACUGUGGGAGCAGAGCUCAGCUCUGAAGAGUAUCCUGCUUCCAGGGCCACAGACAAGCCCGAGGCCAACAGGGCUGCCCGCCAGUCGCAGGGCGUCUGAGUCUCCUUUACUGUGUAGACACAGUUCUGUCACCCAUUGUUGCAAGGUCACGGUGGGCAAACAUAUAGUACCAAACCUCAGGACCUCCUAGAGCUGCCUGGAGGGGGAGUCCUGAGCACAGCAAGGAAGCCUGUGAGACACCAGGAGGGUCCACCUGGGAGGGGGCCUGCACACCCUGGAACAAACAUCUGAUCAAGGUUUGGGAGCCAGAGCGAGACCUGUCGAUGUCUUCUCAAGGGUCCCUCUACGUGGGCAGACACAGAUCCCACAGUAAAAUACCUGCAGCCUCCUCAGCCUCAGGAUCAUUUCAGAAAUGAGCGACGCAUGACAGCUGCUGAGGAAUCCCUACAGGGCCGAGCAUGUUCAUCUAGAGACCAGAGCACAGCCCUCCACCCACUCACCCCCACAGCCCACAGGCCCCACGGGAAGCUGGGGACCCACCGUGCCUCCAGGACCACAUUCUCCCCAGCUAGACACGCUGGGAUUCCCAGAUCAUGGAGGUGCCACCUGCCCCUCUCUGGCCUUCAGGUACCCGCCACAGUGAUCUCCAGCUACAGUUUGGGGGCACAGUGAGGAGAGCCCAGUGAAGCGAAGCCCUGCUUUCAGGAGUGGUCUAAAUUAGACCAACCUGGAAAGCCACUCACCACGGUUACUGUUGCCUGCACCAGCCCCAGGACCUGUUCCAUCCCCUCCCACCCUGGUAACAAACAGGCUCUCUAUUGGCCUGUAUUCUGGAUACAGAAAUAGGCACUAAGAGAUGACCUGGAAGUCCUCCCUUUCACCCCUGCUUCUGAUGUGAACACUCUCCGAGAAGGGGUUUGGUCACCUCGUGUUUUAUAACAGAGAGCUGGGACUUUCCACCUCACCGCCAGCAUUUGCUGCAAAGGCCACAGAAAAAAAGUAUGCCCAGCUCUGUUGGGGUCACAGAACUUGAGCCCAGCUAGUUUGGGCUUUCAUUUUGCUUUGUUUCAUUUUUACUGUGUAAACCCAGCACAGCUCGGCAAACGGCGUGCCACUGUGCCACAGCCCCAGGCCUGUUUUGUUUUAUAAUAAAUGUUCAAAGACAUAGACAGA